UGCUCCUCCACAUCCUCCUCUCCUCCUCCAUCAGCACCAUGGCAGCUCCAGACCGACCCUGCUCCCCGGACGGCGCCGCAGAGAAGGAGCGUCUCCUGUCCUCCUCAGCAAGCUAUGGUUCGCGGGACCUCCUGGGGCCCGGGGGGAGCCCCGGUCCGGCCGGCCUGCUGGGCUCCCAGCUCCACCGCGAGGAAGAGGAGGAGGAAGAGGAGGCUCUGAGGAGGAAGCUCAAGUACUUCUUCAUGAGUCCCUGCGACAAAUACCAGGCCAAGGGCCGCAAGCCCUUCAAGCUGGGCCUGCAGCUGCUGAAGAUCCUCAUCGUGACGCUGCAGCUGGUGCUGUUCGGCCUGAGCAACCAGAUGGUGGUGACCUUCAAGGAGGAGAACACGGCGGCCUUCAGGCACCUCUUCCUGAAGGGUUACCGUGACGACGCCCAGCAGGCGGUGCACACGCAGGCCGAGAUGUACGCACACAUCCACCACGCCAUCGAGCAGUACCUGGCGCUGCCCCACAUCUCUCUGGGCCGCUACGCCUACGUGUCGGGCGGUUCGGGGGUGAACGGCAGCGCCCUCUCCCUCUGCCAGCGGUACUACCGGCGCGGCGCCAUCGAGCCCGUCAACGACACCUUCGACAUCGACCCGCGCGUGGUCACCGACUGCACCGGUCUGGAUCCCCCCUCCUCCAGCGCCGAGCCGCCCAGCUCCGACUACAAGAACUUCACCCUGCUCUUCUACAAACUCAUCAACGUCACCAUCUCCUUCCAGCUGAAGGCCAUCAACAUUCAGACCAUCAUCAACAAUGAGAUCCCGGACUGCUACACCUUCUCCAUUACCAUCGUGAUGGAUAACCGAGCUCACAGCGGUAAAGUGAAGAUCAGCCUCCGGAACGAGGCGUCCAUCGAGGAGUGUAAAGACCCGAACGUCUCCGGACACGCGGAGAGCUACGCCCGGCAGUUCCUGGACGUGCUGGUGGCCUUCGUCUGCCUGCUGUCGCUGCUGCUGUGCGGCCGCUCCAUCCUGAGAGGCGUCGUCCUGCAGCACGAGUACGUCCAGUUCUUCAGGCUGAAGCUGGGCCGCAGGGUGAGCUGGGCCGACCGGCUGGACUUCAUCAACGGCUGGUACCUCCUCCUCAUCGUCAGCGACGCCUUCACCAUCGUCGGCAGCUUCAUCAAGAUCGGCAUCGAGUCCAAGAAUCUGUCGUCGUACGACGUGUGCAGCAUCCUGCUGGGGACCUCCACCCUGCUGGUGUGGGUGGGGGUGAUCCGCUACCUCAGCUUCUUCCAGAAAUACAACAUCCUGAUCGUGACGCUCCGGGCGGCCUUUCCCAGCGUGAUCCGCUUCUGCUGCUGCGCCGCCGCCAUCUACCUGGGCUACUGCUUCUGCGGCUGGAUCGUCCUGGGACCGUACCACGCCAAGUUCCGCUCGCUGUCCACCGUGUCCGAGUGUCUCUUCUCGCUCAUCAACGGCGACGACAUGUUCGUGACCUUCGCCGAGAUGGAGCAGAGCGGCGCCCUGGUCUGGACCUUCAGCCAGGUCUACCUCUACACCUUCAUCUCGCUCUUCAUCUACAUGGUGCUGUCGCUCUUCAUCGCGCUCAUCACCGGCGCCUACGACUCCAUCAUGGCGCAGACGCAGGAGCAGCUCCGCGUCUCCGACCUCCACGCCUUCAUCGCCCAGUGCCCGGACACGCCCACCUCUGGGAAGUUCAGGGCGCCGUCGGGGGAGGGGCCGUCCUGCUCCUUCCUCUGCUGCUGCGAGUGGUGAGGAGGAGGAAGAGGAGGAGGAGGAAGA